AUGGAUACACGUGCAGGAGCAGCUCGUGCACUUAGUAACAUUAGAACAAAAAUGAAGAUCCGUUGGGCAUUAGGAUUUGGCCCUAAAGAUUGUUUUGAUUAUAUGAAUGGAGAAUCCUUGAUUCCGAUUACCAAAUUGACAGAAACUGACAAAAAAUGGUUGGUUACUAGUAAACAAGGAGGCACGGGUGGAAGACCCGUUGUUGGUGGAGUAGUAGUAGAAGAGCCGGAUAUUGUUGUUGGCGAGGGACUAUCAUGUGGAUCUAUCAAUAAAAAAUAG